UCUUCUCCGCACAUUCUGUUUAGGGUUCUGCUGAGUUGCUGUCUGAUCGCGUUUCAUCGCGCUCACCGUCACCGGCAAGGUGACUACACACAGGGACUCCAGUUAAAUGCCAUACACGAUGACCCUAGAACAUUGAAAAUCUUCCACUCUCUCGUGUCCAGUGAUACGAUACGGCGAGGAAUCUUGAUACGUCAAAACAUGGUAGAAGCAGGGGAAGAGGAGGUUAUUGAAUUCAAGUGGGGCACAAGGAAAGGGUUGGGUGGCAAAAAGAAGGAUGUGCAGUUUUACGAAUCGUUCACCUACGAUGGUGUGGAAUACUCCCUCUUUGAUUCCGUGUUUCUCUACAAGGAAGGUGAACCCGAGCAUUACAUUGGUAAAAUCCUUAAGAUAUGGGAGAACUCUGAUAAGAGCAAGAAAGUUAAGAUUCUAUGGUAUUUUAGACCUUCUGAGAUUUUGAAUUUCUUGGAAGGGAGUGAGACACUUGAGAAUGAGUUGUUUCUGGCUUCUGGUGAAGGCGAAGGGCUUGUAAAUGUCAAUCCUCUGGAAGCUAUUUCUGGCAAAUGCAAUAUUGUUUGCAUUUCGAAGGAUAUCAGGAAUCCAUAUCCAUCAGAUGAAGAAGUUCAAAUGGCUGAAUUUGUAUUCUAUCGUUUCUUUGAUGUUGGGAUGCGUAAAAUAUUGGACAAGAUAGUAGUUGAUAAAAUUGCUGGAAUUGAAGUUAAAAAUAUUUUUAACAAUUUAGAUAGUCAAAAGGUUGUUGGUCUUGUGAAACCUGAUUUAGACAACAAAGAAGUUAGCGGGAACUUCAUGGCAAGUAAUGAAGUGGUGGCUCUUUCGAGCCAAAAAAAAAGUCAACCUUUGAUUGAAAAACCAGAUGGGAAGUGUUUUGACACAUUAGUUAGAGAAAAUGCUGCUUCUAAGUCAUUAUUGGGAGAAAAACCUACUUGUAGCAUUGGUGUAAAGGAAGCAAGUAAAUCUGCUAAUGCUUUGCAUACUAUUUCCAACAAGAAGACUGUGCCUCAAGCCAAAGUUGAAGAAAAGAGGGGUUGUAAGGAUUCUUUGGUUAAACAAAAAUCAUUUGCUAAACUAUCACAUGGUUUGAUAGCUGGUUUGGAAAUGAAGGAAAUAACUAAAAUGGAUGAUGGGAGUGGAAAGGGAUCUAUUGAGAAGAACAUUUUGAUGUCUAGGGGUGAUUCAAAAAGGGAUGAUCGCAAGGAUGUUGGUGUCCCGAUUGGACAAAUUAAAAAGGGAUUAGAGGAGGAAAAUGCUUCCAAGAAGGGAAAACGUGGUGGCUUUGGUAAGGUUUCUAGUUUGAAGAAGAAUAAUAACGGGCAAAAUCGAAGGCUUAUUACCUAUGACGAUGACAACAAUGAUGAUUUGAAGACUAUAGCUCCAUGUUCAUCAAAGGAGAAAUAUAAGGUUCAACGGGCAAUGGAUUCUUGUGAUGUGGAGGAACUCCCUUCCAAGAAGUUAAAGAUUGACAAGAAGCUAGCGAAACUCACUAGUGACAAGUUGCGCAAAGAAUCUUCAAUGAUUUCACCGAAUGUGGAACACAAGCUAGAUUUUCGUCCAAUGGAAGUUACUCGAAGACCAAAUGAUGAGGAUAGAAGCAAAUGGUUUAAGGAAAUUCCUUGGGAAGAAAAAAUGAAAACUGCUUAUGAGCAAGGAAGGCUUGUGCUACUUCAAAACUUAGAUCCAUCUUUAUCUUCAUCCGAGGUACAGAAUAUUAUUUGGACUGGAUUUAAAGAAAGUUGCACAGCAAGGAUGAUCCAGAAAACUGCCUACUCCAGCCCUCAUUCUGGUCAAGCUUUUGUUAUAUUUAAAAAAAGUGAAGCAGCAGAGUCGGUUGUUAGAAAGUUAGAUGAGGGCUGUCUCUUAAUGUCAAAUGGGCGACCCCUUGUUGCAAGCAGUGGAGUUCCUUGCUUUCCAAAAAAGAAGCCAAUAUUUUAUGGUCAUCAUGUUGUCGAUCAACUUCGGAUGAUGCAAAUGCAACGAGAGAUAAAAGAUGUUGUAUCUACUUCACAUUGUUCUCAGCCCAACAAUAUUGAAUAUGAUAUGGGCAUAGAGUGGUGCUUGCUGCAAGAAAGAGCAAACAAAUCAUGGAGAAUGUUGUAUCAGCAACAAGGUGAGGAGUUGAGUAAACUCAAAGCUAAGCUGAAGUCUAAAAUUUAACUGAGGUUCAUUGACCACAUACAGUUUUUUGUUGCUGCCAACAUUUUUGGCUUAUGCUUUUGAUUUUUGGUUUCGAGCUAAUGAAGUUAAACUUGAAUGGACUUGUUCACUGAGGCAGUGGCAUGCAUCGGGCAAAUUUUGGUUUAGCAGUUGUGUAAAUAUUAUGGGGGGUUGGGAGUUUUUGGAAUGAACGUUUGUUCCAUAAUACAUUGCAAGUUGCAACUCCCUCCCGAUCAAGCUGUUAUUUUGUUGCCCAGUAUAAAUUUGCUGUUGUUAAUAUACUACAUAUACACUGUAUGGCCUUUCGGUGGGAAAUGCGAAAAGUUCGGAGUUUUACCUUUUUUUUAUGGCUA